AUGUGGCUGUGGGAACUGUGUUGUUUAUUUCUCAUGAUAAACAAUUGUAAUGGAGUGAUUUAUCAUUUAAAUGACUCUGAGUACGAACGUAUGCCACCCAUAUUCGGUCUGGAUCGUUACGACACAUGUCUGAACGAUGUUAAUGGAUUAUACUGUGUGGUAAAGCUGGAUUUGCAUGCGGAAUCAAACAACGAGCUUAUGAAAUUAAUUAAGGAAUAUUCAGCACACACGUCGAAACAUUACAAUUACACAUACCUUGAAAGAGGAGUGUGUGUAACAAGAACAUGUAGACAGUUUUCAGCGAAUAAAACUUUAGUAAAAUAUGAGGACCUAAAUGAAGUCCUUGGGGCCUGUCUCAAUGAUUCCAUUCAGAAAGAAUAUAAAAUAGAAGCAAAACUAUCAAAUAUAUACUAUUGCGAUAAACAUAAUGAACAAACAGACGUAGAUAUCAAUGAUUGGACUGUAGCAGGAGUGUUCGCAAUAUUGAUAUUAUUAGUAGUUUUAGGAACUUUUUAUGAUGUGUUUUACUGUAGUACAGAUGCACAUGAUAAUGCCAUGCAAGAAAACAAGUUUUUGUUCAAUUUCUCACUGCGUAAAAAUUAUCGGGAAUUAGUAAAUUAUAAGAUUUUUGACCAAAGAUAUGAGAGACUAAAAGGAUUGAACGGCUUAAGAUCUAUUACGACUUGCCUUAUGAUAAUAGCUCACGUCAUACUUAUUAAUUCGAUGGGCUUUAUCGACUCGCCUCAUGACUUCGAAAAGACGUACGAGACAUUCCAUUUUCACCUAAUAUACAACGGGCUAAUGAUCGUGCAGAUUUUCUUCGUAAUAGCGGCGUUUCUGCAGGCGUACAACAUUCAGAUACGAUCCGAGACAAAGCCAAUUAAGUGGUCACAGCUUCCGAAGCUGUUUUUCGCAAGAUGGUGCAGAUUGACUCCAGCUUACGCAGCGAUGAUCGCCUUCACAGCCACAUGGCUUCGGCACAUGGGCUCUGGUCCGCUAUGGAAGCUUUACGUCACCAACACCGUGGUGGCUGACUGCCGGAGUUAUUGGUGGCUACAUAUCCUCUACCUCAAUAACUAUUAUUCAGACGAUAGACUGUGCGCCGUACAGACCUGGCACGUUGCAGCAGACACUCAACUCUUUGUAAUAGGAAUGUUUGUGUACUUAUCAACGGAGUCACGUGGCAGAUGGUUCGCACUGGCGCUGUUAUUGCUCGUGGGGAUGAUAGUGCCAGCUCUGCACGUGUGGCUGCAGGACUUGGACGCGUUGGUUCUGAUGUCGCCCGAAUUAUACCGCCGAUGGUUCGACAGGACCUUCCACUACCUGCACAUCCUCGGUCACAACAAUUUGGCGUGUUACGUCAUCGGCCUCGGUACCGGCACUCUUGUUUACUAUUGGCAGAAGAAAAAUAAGUGGGGUGGACUCGCCUGGCUUAUAAUACCAGCUAUUGGCUGUCUGUUCCUGACGGGGCGCUCGUUCUUCAAUGACGGAGCUCGUGCUUCUCUCAUUGCUCGCAUGUUGUACGCGGGAACACACCGCGUCGUCAUGGGAUUCUUGGUCGCCCUCGCAGUGGUGGCACUAACCAUGAGGCUUAGUGAAAGUUACUGCAGAUUUUUUGAAUGGGAUGGCUGGUUGGUGCCCAGCAGACUUUCCUAUAGCGUCUACUUGGUGCAUAUGAACUUUAUACACGUGCUUCUUGGCAUACGAACACAACUCAGUCUCGUGUCGUUAUAUAAUAUGCUUGUCCUCUAUUUCGGAGUGGUUGUGUUGUCAGUAAUGUUGGCACUGCCUUUCUACCUGAUAAUGGAAGCGCCAAUGACUGGACUUCUAAAAAUGUUUUUGAAAACAAGAGAUUCGAUAUUAAAAGAAGUUGAGUUUAAAGGAAAGAAAAAAGAAGUUGAGCUUAACAGAAAGAAAAAAGAGUGA